UUAUUGGGCUCAACCUUCCAUAUGAUCUCCCUUGCAUCAGACAUAUCAUCAAGCUUAGAGAGGAAAAGAUGACUAGGAUUCCAAUGGAAGUGUUGCACUCAGUUCCAACUACACUGCUUUACUCAUUAGAAGCAAUAGAAGCUGAUUUGGUGCAAUGGGAUAGAAUUCUGAAGCUGCAAUGUAGGAAUGGAAGUAUCUCAGAUUCACCUUCAGCUACUGCUGCAGCAUAUUUGAACACUAAUGAUGAAAAGUGCCUUGAAUACUUAACAUAUAUUGUGAAGAGAUUUCAAGAUUGUGCACCUUUUUUGUAUCCAGUUGAUACUUAUGAGCGUUGUUGGAUGAUUGACACAAUCCAACGGCUAGGAAUAGAUCAUCACUUCCACAAAGAAAUUCAUAAUACUCUCGACUUCUUAUACAGAAUGCUCCGAAAAGAUGGUCUAGCAUGGGGAAGCGAUGCCAGUGUAACUGAUCUUGAUGAUACAUGUAUGGGUCUUAGACUUUUAAGGUUACAUGGCUAUCCCAUAUCCUCUGAUAUGCUAGAGUACUUCAGGGAUGAUGAAGGCAAUUUCUUAUGCUUGAAGGGUGAGACGCAUAAAGGAAUAUCUGAUUUCUUCAGCUUGUACCGCUUCUCCCAAAUUGCAUUUCCGGGAGAGAAUAUACUGAAACAUGCUAAAAAAUUAGCCGAGCAACAUUUGAUGAAGAACAUCAAAGGCCAUCAAGCAUUUGACAAGUGGGCUAUAAAGAAAGCCCUACAUCAGGAGGUUGAGUGGGCAUUAAGAAAUCAAUGGAUGAAGUGUCUUCCAAGGCUUGAAGCUCAAGAGUACAUUAGAAAUUACGGCGAAAAUGAUGUUUGGAUUGGCAACACUAUCUAUAGGAUGUAUAAUAUCAAUAAUCCAAAAUACUUGGAACUUGCCAAGUUGGAGCACAACAAGUUGCAUUCCAUGCACACAGAAGAAGCUAAUUCAAUACUUUUAUGGUGGAAUUCUUAUGGCUUUGACGAUCCUCUUAUCACCCAACUAAACCCGAAGGAGAUUCACUUAUCAAUAUGUGCAGCUUUAUGUGAGCCAAAGUUUUCAACUGCUAGGAUUACUUAUACAAAAUGGAAUUGCAUCGAAAGCAUGCUAAAAUAUAUGUUUGAAAGCCACCACUCCAUUGAAGAGCUAAAAUUAUUUUCACAUGCAAUAAAUGAAUGGAAACCUUCAUUGGUGCAAGUUCUCCCAACCCAAUUGAAACGAGUAUUCAUGGGAACUUAUGAUACCAUGAAUGGCUUGGCAAUUGAAGGAAAGGAUGUCCAAGGAAUAGAUGUCUUCCCCUACUUACAUGAUCUAAGGAAAAAACAAGUGCAACAAUACCUAAUGUUUAGAGAAGUUAAAGACAAAAAGCAGUUCAAAAACUUUGAAGAUUAUGUACAUCAAGUUAAGAGAGGCAUUGCAGUUGCCAUAAGAUUAGUACCAGCGAUGUUCCUCAUGGGAGAUGUUGCACCUGAUAAGGUUCUCAAACUUUUGGAUCAGAAAUCAACAAUUCUGGAUUAUUUGGAUACAUACAUUGCAUUAAUGAAUUUGGUGACUGAGGAAAGAGUUGCAAUUAGCCUUUACAUGAAAGAACAAAACUAUUCUGUGCAAGAGGCCAAGGCUUUCCUAGAAGAAAAGAUUGAUGAGACAUUUGCUAAUUUAACACAAGAAUACCUGAAGCCCAAUAAUCAUAUUUCACAUUUCCAUCGUAGAUUGAUCUUUGAACAUGGCAGAAUUUUUAGAUUUUUUCUCAAUAGAAGUAGUAAUGACCCAAUUUUUGAUGGGAUUGAGAAAAUUUAUAAGCAAGUGUGAACAAUUCACGAUGGCCAGUUAUUUCCAUUGGAUGCAUCAUAAUAUAAUUGAAUGCUUAAUUUUCAA